AUGCUUUUAAUUCAAACUAGUCAGACAAAUGAGUCCCAAAUAAAGGGUUUGGGCGUUUUAGCUGUAAAUAACUAUUCUUUGACAACAAGUAACAAAGAUAUGGAGAACAUAUGCAAAGUUCAUAAUGAUUCAUUUGAAUUCAUUUGUUAUCCAUGUCAUAGAUUAAUGUGUAAACGAUGUCUCAGGACUCAUUUAAAGCAAUUCAAUGAUCAUAUCGAUUAUUGGGAUAAUAUUCAAGAUAUUAGAGAAUCAUUCUAUAAAAUAUUAUAUAAUAACAGUAAUACAAGUAGUAAAGAAGAUAUUAAUGUAGAUGAUAACUAUGAUCAGUCUGGAGUAUACGAGAUAGGAGAAGAGGAGGAGGUGCUAUUAGAAUACAAUGAUGGUGAAGCCGAUAAUGAUCAUGAUCAAACAGAGUUUAUUGAAGAGGAGGAAGAAGAAGUUGGGGAUCAACAAGUUGUAGAAGAAGCUGAAGAAGAGAACCAAGACAAUGAAGAAUGUGCGGAUUACGACAUAAACUUAUGUUUUAUCGAAAGAACCAUCAACUACCUAUGGAACUCGAUUAAGAAAUCUACUUUUCUAUUUAAAUCAAUGGAUACAUCAGAGAAACUAAUAACCGAGCACUUUAAGAUAUUACAUGAUUUCUUAAUCAAUGAAGAACACAAAUUGAAAUCACCUAUAACCAAAGAUAAAAAUAUCACACUUGACGAUAUCGAUCAAAAGACUACAGAACUCAAUCAAAUAGUUAGAAUAAUCAAAUUAAAUAAUAGCAUAUAUAAUAAUCAAAAGAGUGGUGAUGGAGAAGAAGAAAAAGAAGAGAGUAGUGAUGGCGAUGAUGACGACCAAAAGUAUUGUAAUGAUGAUACAACUUUACCAACAGCUCUUGAAAUCAUCGAUCAAUCGGAAACAUUCCAACAAUAUGCUCAAUAUUGUGUCAACAACGAGUAUAUAUGUCCAGAUAUCGAUAUUGAACAUCAAAAUAAACAGUUUCAUAACAAUUCAGAUUUCAUCAUUUUGGAUACUAUUGCAAAGUACAAUAAUGAAUUCAAUACAGCUACAUACGCUGUUCAACAAACAGUCGAUGAAUACUUUAUCACUGUUGAACCAACAGAACUUGAAACUCUUCAACAAGCUCUCAAAAAUACAAUCUCUAUUAGUACAUCUCAGCAACCAAUAGCCAAUCCAUCACCAAUCUAUUAUUAUUUAUCUACACACAAAGAAUCAAUUUCAUUAUAUAAUCAUUCAGUUGGUACAUUAGAAUCGAUAAAGGAUACUAAAAACUAUAGAUUUGAAGGAACAUCGAGAUCUACAGUGGCAGUUGGUAACCAUAUAUACAUAUUUGGUGGAGUCGAUGGUCAAAAGUAUUGUAGAUUCUCACUCGAUAGUAUAUCAAUUGAUUUAAUCGAAGACAUCGAUCCCGCUGUCAUUUGUGGAAAGGAUAGACUGGCAGUUUACGAUGGUGGAUAUUAUAUCUAUAUACUCGGUGGUGUGAAGCGUAUCAUUCGGUUUAAUUUAAAAAAACUAAAGUUUGAGAAUUUCAUGGAUACUCAUACCGUCGAUAUCUGUCAAGCAUUCUUUGUAAAGGAAAAGCUAAUCAUCUUUGGUUCACCAAAUGACCGUCAGAAUCGUCUUAAUCGAUAUGGUAUCGAUGUCACAACUGGUAGUCAUUUUCGUCUGGAUUGGGAUUUGGGUGUGAACAUUACAUCUGUGUGUUACGAUGGCUAUAAAUCACUGUAUUUCGUUAGUGGUCACAGAUUCUAUCGAUACAAUACAGAAACAAACCAAAAACAACAACUCAAAGAGUUUGCUUCAUUCAGACUGACCAAAGAUGGUUUCGGCAUGAUCUAUAGCAAGAUAUCUGACAAAGAAAGCUAUGUCUAUGCAGUACGAUGCCUUGAAAUAAGAAGCAAUAUAUUCAGACAUUAUAGAUAUUCAAUAGAAAAUGACUGCUGGGAGAUUUUUAUUGACACUACAAACCACGGUGCGUCAGCAUUGGUUAGGAUCACUUCUGUAAAAGCUGUUUAUAUUCGUACAAAAAAUGUAGGAACCAAAGUAUUCCAAUGUGAUGAAGCUGAAAAGAUUGCUAAACAAAUCAAUCAUCAAAUUCAACUCGCCCCAAACAACAACAACCAAAAAAUUGGCUGGUGUUGGAGUGAACAUUCAGAAUUAUUACAAUUAAUUUUCCGCAAGCGGUUGAAUAUUAAAAUAUUGAUUUUUAUGGGAUGUGUAAAUAAACAUCUAUUUUUGGUUGUUGUUUUUACAUUUGCUUUAUAA